AUGGACGACUUGGUGCGUGUUGUUGGUGUGGUUGAUCGCUUGGGGUCUGAGGUUGAGGCUGAGGUUGAGGCUGAGGUUGAGGUUGAGCAGGGAACAGAGGCAGAGGCAGAGGGAGAGGGAGAGGGAGAGGGAGAGGGAGAGGCAGAGGGACAGGCAGACAGGGAGGCAGAGGGAGAGGCAGAAACAGAAACAGAGGCAGAGGCAGAUACAGAUGCAGAGGCAGAGGCAGACUCAGACUCAGAAACAGAUACAGAGGCGUGGGCAGAGUGGGCAGAGUGGGCAGCGUGGGACAUGGUGGAACACCUCCGCGCAGUUCUUGUCGAGCAGAUCUCUCUCGCCGAGACUGACGAGCUCCUCGAGAGCGAAGAGGAAGAGCCGCCCACUUUUAACGAACGUUUCCUCCGCUACGAAUUGAGCCAUGAGGGCCAAAUGGAACUCAUGGAGACUCUGGGUGGUCCACUUAACAUGCGAUUGCCACGUCGACUCCUCAGAACCUUGAAAAGGGCCUGGAAAGACUGGGCACGCCUUGAAGAGAUUGAGAGGGAAUUAUUGUUGUAG